AUGGAGAGAAGCAACAAUGCCUCCAAAGUGGCAUUAAUUACUAUGGGAAGGUUAAAGUUGUGGCAAAGCAGAUGCUGGAGGAUUGAAUCUGUGUGAACGGGUUUUUGUUCUGCAGUAUGUGUCGAAGUUCCAUCAGAGACAGAGGCAGUCCAAGGAACACACAUGAAGCUGCUCUGCAUCUCCUGCAUGAAGAGGGAAGAGGUCACAGCCAGUACGGUGGUGGAAUGGUUCUACAGGCCGGAGGGUGGAAAGGAUGAACCUAUCUACGAGUACAGGAAAACCAACCAUGAAUUUCCAAGCCGCUUCAGUGGCCGGUUGCAGUGGAACGGGAGUAAAGACAUGCAGGAUGUCUCCAUCACUGUGUUAAACGUGACCUUGAAUGAUUCGGGUAUCUACACCUGUAACAUCACCCGGGAGUUUGAGUUCGAGAUUCACCGUCCUCUCUUCACAAGCUCCAGACUGAUCCACCUCACCGUGGUGGAGGAGGCUGGAGAAGACUUCACCUCGGUCAUCUCUGAAAUUAUGAUGUAUAUUCUGCUGGUUUUCCUCACCUUGUGGCUGCUGAUAGAAAUGGUCUAUUGCUACAGGAAAGUCUCCAAGGCGGAGGAAGCUGCCCAAGAAAAUGCGACAGACUAUCUUGCGAUUCCGUCAGAAAACAAGGAAAACUGUGCUGUGCCUGUGGAGGAAUAGCAGAGAGGAGUCAGUGGAAUGAACGGCACCAAGGGGCUCUGAAGACAGAAGGACCGCAUCAUGCCAGCCAGGUUUGAGGGGGAGCUCUGCGCCGUCGGGAGGAGAUACGGGGAAGUGUAAAUUCUCUUCCAUUUGCCUUGGACUCUGUACAGCCUUGACUUUGGCCUCAUGACUCCAUUCUGAGCUGCCAGCCCAUUUGCUAAAGGACUCUUCUUUUGAAGCAUGCUGAGCAAAAGGGCACAGGGGUAUGGGCAGCACGGCUCCUUCCCAAGUUUCUGUUCUAUCAUCACGUUAAUGGCUUUGUAAAUGUUAAGUGUCAUUUCUUAGCUGCUGUCACCACCACCUUUAUUUGCUGACUACGCUAGUUCUCCAUUGCAGAGGUAAAGGGUAUGUAUGUUG